GCUGAGUCAAGAGCCUUCACAGACACUUGGAAGCAGUCUGUGACAGACACCACAGGCAACACCUACCUGAAAGCCUCCGGAGGGGGAAAAGAAACACAUCAUGAAACUUGUCCUCCAGGCCACACUGUCCGUUGGACUGUUGGCGCUGUGCUUUGCAACUUCCCCCGUAAGAUGGUGCACGAGGUCGCCCGCUGAGCAGGCAAAAUGUGCCAAGCUGCAGGAGUGCUUUGGCAGCCAACCAUCUGCGAACUUGCCACCAUUCAGCUGUGUGAUGAAGUCAACUCAUCUUGAUUGCAUAAAGGCCAUUGCCAACUCUGAGGCAGAUGCCACUACUUUAGAUGGUGGUCAUAUUUUUGAUGCAGGCCUGAACCCUUACAACCUGAAGCCUAUUAUGGCUGAAGUUUAUCACACAGAUCAGGGAGAUCAUACCAGCUACUAUGCUGUGGCUGUUGUGAAGAAAGGAACUGUCUCUUCACUUGCUGAUCUCAAAGGGAAGAAAUUUUGUAGCACUGGCAUUGGCAGAUCUGCAGGCUGGGUUAUUCCAGUGGGGACAUUACUGGCUAAAGGCUACCUUGAAUGGGCUGGAGCAGAAACAGAACCAGUAGAGAAAGCUGUAGCCAGGUUUACCCCAGCCGCCUGUGUCCCAGGUGUCAAAGAUGAACCAAAUCUGUGCCGUUUAUGUGCUGGGAAAUGUACUCAGAAUGAUCCCUACUCUGGAUAUUCAGGAGCUUUUGAAUGUCUGAAAUCCGGAGGUGGAGACGUGGCAUUUGUGAAAGAUGCAACUGUAUUAGCUCUUAGUCCAGCCGAUAAGGACCAGUAUGAACUGCUCUGUUAUGACGGCACCAAGAGGCCUAUUGGGGAGUAUCAGAACUGUUUCCUGGGUAGAGUUCCUGCUCAUGCUGUGGUGGCACGAAGUGUUGACGGUCGGGCAGAUGAGAUAUGGGCACUUCUCUCCAACGCACAGGAACAAUUUCGGACGCACCAACGAGCAGAAUGCCAACUUUUGGGCACUACUGAUAUUACUGGCAAAGACCUCUUAUUUAAGGACUCUGCUGUCAGGCUUGUCCAAGUUCCUUCCUUGUUGGAUUCUAAAUUGUACCUGCGCAUUGAGUACUAUGCUGCAGUUCAGAACCUCAGAAGAGAGAGGAAUCUUCCUCCUGCAGCAAACAAGGUUGUAUGGUGUGCAGUGGGCAAAGCUGAGCAGACAAAGUGUGACUUGUGGAGCGGACUGAGCAGAGGUGCCAUUGACUGUGCUGUGGCUGACACUACGGAAGAUUGCAUUGUCAAGAUUGUGAAAGGUGAGGCCGAUGCUAUAAGCUUGGAUGGAGGACACAUCUACACUGCAGGGAAGUGUGGCCUGGUGCCAGUCUUGGCAGAAGUCUAUGGUGACACGACUGGUGUAUGCAACCAUCCAGAAACACCAACAACAGUCAAAGGCUAUACCGCUGUAGCUGUUGUCAAGAAGGCCAACGCGGGCAUCACCUGGAACAAUCUGAAAGGAAAGAAGUCCUGCCACACUGGCGUUGAUAGAACUGCUGGCUGGAAUAUCCCCAUGGGCUUGCUUUACAAAAAGAAUAACAGUACUUGUGACUUUGGCAAAUUCUUCAGCGAAGGCUGCGCACCAGGAUCACCAGCUGAUUCUCCACUUUGCAAGCUGUGCAAGGGCAGUGGUGGUGAAGGUAGCAUCUCUGACAGAUACAAGUGCAAACCAAACAGCCAUGAGAUCUACUAUGGCUACAAUGGUGCUUUCCGGUGUUUGAUCGAAGUAGGAGAUGUAGCCUUCGUUAAAGAUUCCAUUGUUACAGACAACACAGAAGGGGCCAACAAACCUGCUUGGGUAGGCAGUUAUCAGACUAGUGAUUUUGAGCUGCUGCAUCCCAACGGUGAGCGUUGUCCAGUUUCUGAAUUCCAAAGAUGCGGUCUGGCCACAGUUCCCACCCAUGGAGUAGUAACACGUCCUGAGAAAGCAGUUAUUGUCCGGAACGUGGUGCUCGAACAGCAGAGGUCGUUUGGAAAUACCGGAUCACGAAAUGAUGAAAUGCAGAUGUUCCAAUCUCAAUCCAAAGAUUGUUUGUUCAAAGAUGGCACCCAGUGCUUAGCUGUUCCAAAAGAAAACACCUACAAGACCUAUCUUGGUCAGGAAUACUUGGAUUCUGUUGAUGGACUCAAGAAGUGCUCACCUUCAGAACUCCUUAAGGCCUGCACGUUCACCCAUGAUGACAGCAACGUCUUGCAAUAAAACAAAAAAACUUGGAUAUUUCAUUCUUUCUUGUCUGAACUUGGGGAUCUGUCCAACUUAUUCUUUUCUCCAUAACACCAGAACAAAAUGUUCAAGCUUUUUCCACAUAUGGCUUUGUAACUCCUUGGAGUCUCUAGCACAACAUAAAUAAAGUAACACAACUUAAUCCUU